AUGGAUCAAAAGCAGUUUUUGGAGGCUUUGGUGGAAAACGGGCCGAGAGGAGAACAAAAGAAUAACAAAGAAGUUAAAGCAGCCGAGUACCGUAAAUUACGGUUCUACCGUCAUGCGGCUGAAAACUGCCAAGGGAUGUUGGAAAGGCAAUACGAGGAAGUCCAUGCGGUACAUGCUUAUGCACUACGGGUUGAAGAGGAAGCACAAGAUGCUAUGGCAAUGAAAGAAGGUAGACCACCGUGGACCCACCAAUUCGAGGGUCUACCGGUGGAAAUCGAUUCGGGUACAAAACCAUCAUUGGAGGAACCACCAAAGUUGGAGCUCAAGGACUUGCCUAGCCAUUUGAAGUACGUAUUUUUAGGGGAUAAUGACACUUUACCGGUCAUUAUUGCCUCUAAUUUGGAAUUGGCACAAGAGCAAGCGUUGAUGGAGGUGUUAAAAGCGAACAAGGGUGCUAUUGGAUGGACGAUUGCCGACCUCAAAGGAAUUAGUCCAUCCAUCGUCAUGCAUAAAAUUAUCACAACCGAAGAUGCCAAACCGACACGAGAAGCUCAAAGGCGGUUGAACCCGAACCUAAGGGAGGUAGUAAAAAAGGAGGUAAUUAAAUGGUUGGAUGCGGGAAUCAUCUAUCCGAUUUCGGAUAGUGCUUGGGUGAGUCCCACCCAAGUUGUGCCUAAGAAGGCCGGCAUUCAAGUAGUCAAGGAUGAAAGUGGUGAACAAAUUGCCACCCGACCGUUUACCGGAUGGCGGGUGUGUAUUGACUACCGGAAAUUGAAUGCCGCCACUUCUAAGGACCAUUUCCCGCUACCUUUUAUUGACCAAAUUAUUGAAAAAUUGUCGGGUCAAAAAUAUUAUUGUUUCUUAGAUGGGUAUUCGGGUUAUAAUCAAAUUGCCAUACACCUGGAUGACCAACACAAGACCACCUUCACAUGUCCAUAUGGCACCUUUGCCUUUAGGCGAAUGCCAUUUGGUUUGUGUAAUGCUCCGGCAACUUUUCAACGAUGUAUGAUGAGUAUUUUCUCGGACAUGGUUGGAGAGUCGCUCGAAGUAUUCAUGGAUGACUUCUCCAUUUUUGGCACUACUUUUGAUGCUUGUCUCAACGAAUUGCAAAAGGUUUUAAAAAGGUGCGUGGAUAAGGCAAAGAUACGGGUAAUAUCAUCUUUGCCACCUCCUAAAAAUGUUAAGGGUGUAAGGUCAUUCUUGGGACACGCGGGUUUUUAUCGACGCUUCAUCAAGGGUUUUAGUGUUAUCACCAAACCCUUAUGCAAUUUGUUAUUAAAAGAUGUCCCGUUUGAUUUUACUAACGAGUGUAUGCAAGCUUUCACUGUUUUGAAGGAACACUUGGUCAAGGCGCCUAUCUUGCAACCACCCGAUUGGUCAAAGCCGUUCGAGAUAAUGUGUGAUGCAAGCGAUACCACUAUUGGUGCAGUUUUGGGUCAACGGGUUGACAAGAAGCCGGUGGUUAUUUACUAUGCAAGCAAAACUUUAUCCGAAGCGCAACUUAAUUACACCACAACCGAGAAGGAAUUACUAGCGGUGGUGUAUGCUUUGGAUAAAUUUCGCUCGUAUAUUUGGGGAAGCAAGGUAGUGGUUUAUUCGGAUCAUAGUGCGGUUCGGUAUUUAAUGGAGAAAAAGGAUGCGAAGCCGCGUUUGAUUCGGUGGGUCUUGUUAUUACAAGAGUUCGAUUUAGAGAUCCGAGACAAGAAGGGAAGUGAGAAUGUAGUAGCGGAUCAUUUGUCUCGGAUACCGGUGGAAGGGACCGAUGAUGCAAGCGAGAUUAAUGAAAGUUUCCCCGAUGAACAGUUGUUAGCCGUGUCCACUUUCGUUGCACCGUGGUACGCUCAUUAUGUCAACUAUUUAGCCACGGGUGCCAUUCCAACUCAUUGGACCAAAAAGCGUCGACAACAAUUCAUGGUCCAAGUGAGGCAAUACAUUUGGGAUGAGCCGGAUCUUUUCAAGAUCGGACCGGAUCAAGUCAUACGGAGGUGUGUGCCCGAGACGGAAUUCGCCCGGAAUUGUGUAAAUUGCCAAAAGAUGGGUAGCAUAUCGAAGAGGGAUGAGAUGCCACUACAACCAAUCUUGGUUGUAGAGAUAUUUGAUGUAUGGGGAAUAGAUUUUAUGGGUCCGUUUCCGAAUUCGAAUGGCUUCCUUUAUAUUCUUGUGGCGGUGGAUUAUGUCUCGAAGUGGAUUGAGGCUAUUGCAACACGAACAAACGACCAUUCGGUUGUUUGUAAAUUUGUUCAAUCCAACAUCUUCUCUCGCUUUGGAAUUCCGCGGGUCAUUAUAAGCGAUGGUGGUUCACAUUUCAAGAACUUCAAUUUCGGAAAAUUAUUGAAGAGGUAUAGCGUGAACCACCGAGUCGCCACACCUUACCAUCCGCAAACGAGUGGACAAGUCGAAGUGUCCAACCGGCAAAUCAAGGAGAUCCUCAUGAAAACGGAAAUGGCAAGGACCAAGGAAAAAGCGGGUUCAAGUUCAUCUUCAUCAAAGGGCAAGGGCAAGCAAAAGGAGCAACCAUCAAAGAAGAGGCAAUAUAUGGGUAGGGUUAGUGAAAGCGAAAGUGAAGGCGAAGAAGAACAGAUGGAGUUAGACCCGAGUGAUAAGCCGGUGUGGAAUUCGGGGUCGUUGGAUGAUCAAACAGAAAUUUGGCAGCCAACACUUUACAACGAUUGUAUGAACAAAUUGAAAAACAAGGCUGCCGCAUUUAUUUGUGAAAAAGAGGUUGAUGAACCCCAGUUUGGCCAGUUCGGGGUGUUUGCUAAGUUUCGUGCUUUGGGCUGGGAAGGAGCGCUCAAGUGUUUUGACAAAGAUAAGAGCAAUCUAUUUAUGACUGAGAUUCAGGAGUGGAUGGCAACACUUAAAUGUCACAACUUCAACAAGCCAUCACAAAUGAAGUUGAUCGGGAUGGUACAUGGGGUGCCAGUUGAGAUGUCAUUCGACACGUUGAAGAAGCUGGGAAAGUAUGACAGUCUCCCGGCUAAGGAGUACAUGAUUCCCACGCUUGAUGAUUUAUUGCUCAAACCAGAGAAGCACGUGAGAUGGAACGACAUGCUAGCGGAUUUGUUUUUGCCCGGUAGGUACAGUGGUGUGUUAUACCGGAAGAAUUUGAAGAUAGAAGCAAAACUGUUGCAUACAAUCUGCCUGCUUAAUGUCAUUCCAAGAAGAGGCGAUAAAGAACAGGUGAGGUUUCCAGAGAUACCUGUUCUGUAUUCAUUGAUGCAUGGGUCCCCACGCUUUCCAAUACGCUACCUGAUUAUGCACCAUUUGUGGAUAUGCCGGAACAAAUACGGAAGAGACAUCGUCCCGUACUGUCGCAUCAUAACGGGUUUGAUGAAACAGCAGAAGGCACUCACAUCCGAAGACCGAGGUUUGACGAAAAGGCACCAGCCUUUUACUUUGGAUAGGUUGGGAAACGUUUGGACAUAUACUCAGUCUGAACGUUAUCACAAGUUGAAAUCAGAGGGUCAACGGUGGAGGGCAUUGAAAUUGGGUGCAAGGGAGUUGUUACCGGGAGAGCCGGAUGAACCGGAAAGCGAUGAAGAGUUGGUUCCUAGUGGGGACGAGGACUAUGCAGAGGAGCCGCAGGGGGGUGCAAAUGUUGGUUUUGGGGUUUUUGGUGGUGGUCAUGGUGGUACGUUCUACGACUACGCGCAGCAACCGUAUGUGCCGGGGUGGGCUUAUAGUGGUUCAAUGCAAGAGGUGAUCGAGAGCCAACGCCCUCCGACGUCCAUUUUUGAUACUUGGUCGGGGCCGGAGAGGACGUUGUAUGACCAAAACACAAGGAAUAGUGCAAGCAUAGAGCGGUCGUUAAAACAUAGCUUCGAUCGCAAUGAGUCAUGGAACCGUACCCACGCAUACUCUCGAGAGGUAGAUGCUAAUAACAGAUAUCAUGAUGAUCAAAUGAGGCGGAUGCAUGCGGAUUGCAUUUCUUAUCCGACUCCACCACUCCACCAUUCUCAGUGGCUUGAUCCAAGGCGGCAAGAGGGACCACAACAACAAGAGGGAAGCAGUAGCGGCGCAUUCGGGUUUGGAGAGUGGAAUGAUAUGAUGUCAUCCAUCUUUGGGCCCCUAGGACCGCGCUAUUAUUGA